AUGACCACAUCCAGCAGGCAGAACUCUUCUACGUCUAUGGUCAACAACUUGGCCAAAAUAUUCGAUCCAAAUGCUUUGCAAACCCAAGGGCCUGAUAAUGGAAUGGAACCCCCCCAAAUUCGUCGUGUUGCAAGCAGUGAUGUCAGCACACCAGCAAGUUUUAACAUCAUGGAUAUGAAGUUUGCCUCCCUUGAACAGAAAAUAGAUAAGUUGUUGAAUGUACAAGACAAUGUCCUUAAGAAGCUUAACAGCGUUUCCCAAGAAAUCUAUUGCAUUGAAAAAGAUAUUGGGAUUGUAAAGGCAGAAACAUCUGAACCUGGAUCAAGGAUGGAAAGAAACAAAAAUGUGAGAAGUAAUGAAAUGAAGAGGCUUUGCCUUAAAAUGGAAAAAUCUCUUUCUAAUAUAAACAGGAAUGCAGAGCAGCAGGUUAAAAGACUAGAUGGACUGGAACAAAGUGUCUUUGGACUACAGAAGCUUGUAGGGCCUCUGGUUGAGAAGGUUAAAAUGUUAGUAAUUCGUAAUUCCAGUGUAAAACACCAUGUUCAAAAACGUAAACUUUGCAAGGCAGGUGAUUAUACAAAAGGAGCUGGACAUCUUAUUAGGAUGCAGAUUUUCUCAGAAACAACAGCUGAUGCCCUGCUCAAGAAGAAAAGUGAAAAGGUCAUCAAAGAAAAGUCACAUUUGGAUGAGAUGGGAACAAAAGAGAAGAAGCCACCAGAUUCAACAGAAGGGGCCAUCCAGAAGAGCCAGUCCUGCUCUCAAGCAGAAGAGGUUGAUAAGCUCAACAAGGAAAAUGCUGAGAGGGAAAGUUCUGUUCUGCUUCAAAAAGAUUCUCUCAAAUUUCAUGCUGAAGGGCUAGAGGAGAAAGGAGAGAGUGUGGCUUUUGAAAGCUAUUACAAAUACAGGAGAAGCUCUCUUCAGAGAUCCUUCACUACAGAAAAGCAGCAAGAAGAAGAUGUUGUUGAUGAUGCUUGUCAAAGGAUAACUGGGCAGGAGAUAGAUAGUGAGUCCCCAACAGAUGGGGAGAGCGAGAAACAUCAGAUGGCUGGAGAUGAAAGACAAAAGGAGAGGGAGAAAGAAGGGGAAGGAAAUGCUGAUAAGAGUGAAAAAGAAGUUGAGGAACAACCAGCUCCUUCCCAAAAUGAAGACGAGGCAGGACAAAGCCAUGAUCAAGAGGCACCAGAGGGAAGGUGUAAAGGCUGUGAAAAAGAUGAUAGUCCUACUCCACCAGCACCAUUUGAUCAUCGGAUUGUCUCAGCCAAAAGGGUGGGGAUCAGCAGUUACUAUAACGUCAGCGAGAAUGAAAUCCUGGGAGGAGGGCGAUUUGGUCAAGUGCAUAAAUGUGAAGAGAAAGCAACAGGUCUCAAAUUAGCAGCCAAAAUUAUAAAAGCAAAAGGUGCUAAACAGAAGGAUGAAGUAAAGAAUGAAAUCAGUGUCAUGAACCAGCUGAAUCACGUGAACCUCAUCCAGCUAUAUGAUGCUUUUGAAUCAAAAAAUGACUUUGUCCUAGUCAUGGAAUAUGUGGAAGGAGGAGAGUUAUUUGACCGAAUUAUUGAUGAAAACUGCAGUUUGACAGAAAUGGACACUAUCUCGUUCAUAAAACAGAUCUGCGAGGGAAUUCAGUACAUGCACCAAAUGUACAUUCUUCAUUUGGAUCUCAAGCCUGAGAAUAUCCUGUGUGUGAAUCGUGCAGCAAAUCAAAUAAAAAUUAUUGAUUUUGGAUUGGCAAGAAGAUAUAAACCCAGGGAAAAACUUCGAGUUAACUUUGGGACUCCAGAAUUUCUUGCUCCUGAAGUUGUGAAUUAUGAGUUUGUCUCCUUUCCUACAGACAUGUGGAGUGUAGGAGUCAUUGCUUAUAUGCUCCUCAGUGGAUUGUCUCCUUUUUUGGGUGAUGAUGACAAUGAGACCCUCAACAAUAUCCUGUCCUGUAACUGGGAUUUUGAAGAUGAAGAAUUUCGAGGUGUUUCUGAUCAGGCCAAAGAUUUCAUCUCAAAGCUUCUCAUCAAGGAAAAAUGCUGGAGAAUAAGUGCAACUGCUGCCUUAAAACACCCAUGGUUGUCAGACCACAAGCUCCACUGCAGACUCAAGAAGAAGGCUGAAGGUGUGUCACAAGCACCCCAGGCUCAAUAA